UGAUUGUUGUACGUAACACGUCGGCGUAUAUUAAUUUUUCGAUAAAGCAGCAGCGCAAAGUCUACCGUGGAUCAUAUGAUACAGUCAUACUCCUAUUUGAAUUUACGCCAAAGAAUAUAGUCUCUUACCUCAAUAUGUCGCCAAGUCGCAUUAAAAUUCCAAAUCUUCGCUGGGUUCCCUCGCGGGUGGGGUCUGGUGUGCGGCAUAACAAAUCUGAGUAUCAUCAUGGAGAACACAUCGCCGUUGCUGGUGAACAGCCUCAUCUUCGUAAAGCUGAUCAAUUAUUUAUUUAAUAAGCACAAAGUCCGUAAAUUAUGUUCCGUCGUCAAAACGUUAUCAAAGCCCGCCGAGCAUUCCGUAAACCGAAUGUGUUCUUCGAGCUGCAGAUGAAAGAACUUCUGGAACACGUCGAGGAGACCUGGAAGAUGAUCCAAAUGGGCCCACGUAACGAAAUAUUGCGGAACCACGCGGAACAAAGUAAAGUCUACACGAUCAAAUACGCGUGUAAGUUCUUUUUCGGCUCGCCUCCCGUGAUUGGGAAAUACUCGCAUGCUUGAGAGAGAGUCGCGUGUGAGAAAUCGGUGUUACUUCUCAGCUCGAUUUCGUCGAUUAAUAAUAUCUCGAACGAAUGAACGAGCGAACGCGCGACUCCAUUCAAGCGAUAUCGUGACAAAAAGAAGCGGCUCGUUCCAGUGGUUUUUUAUUCGGUAUGGCUCUUUUACUCCACGACGCCGCUCGUCAUCAGCUGGAUGUACAAACUUCUGCCGACGAAUGCGACCUACUCGGCCAAAUUUCUCUAUCGCUUGGAGCACGUCUGUGACGUGGACAAGUACUUCGAUCUACUGAUGUUACACAGCUUCGUCAGCGUGUUUUACAUAGUGGCGGUGCCGAUCGCGGUCGACACAUUGUUCAUACUUUGCAUCCAGCAUGUCUGCGCGUUGUUCGAGGUCAUACACGUGCUCGCGCGUUUUCAUUUCGUGUGUUUAAUCGUGCUGCAUACUGUAUUCAAGUUUAUAAUGGUAGAGGUCCAAUUUGAUGAAAUUGUCAGAAUUGCCGCCGCUAGUUUGGCUCAAUUGUUACACAUAUAUUAUCUGAGUUGGAUGUGUCAACUGUUGCUCGAUCAGAGUAGCGGCCUUCACGAAGUAAUUUACAGUUGCAACUGGUAUCUGUUUUCAAUGAGAUCCAGACAGUUGUUGAGAUUCAUGUUACUGCGUUCCACUAAACUGUGCCAAAUAAAAGCUGGAAAAAUGUACGUGAUGUCGAUGGAGAAUUUCAGCUCAAUUCUACAAGUAUCUAUAUCUUAUUUCACUAUGCUCACGUCACUGCAGUAAUUUUGUACGACUCAAUAAACGCAUAUGAUAUUUAACGAGGAAACGGAUUAACAUAUGACAGAUCUACUUUUUCACUUUGUUAUCAUUCGUAAUUUCCACCUGUUUGAUUCCUGAGUAGCAAGAUAUGCGACUUGUGUAAAAAAGAAUCAUUUUGCCUGGUUGAUUAAUAAAUUAACCUUGCGUUGAAAUGCGCGCGCAAUAGCAGGAGAGAAGGUAGAAUUUGCUGCCUGAUUCGUUAUUUUUUCUCAUUUGAAAUUUUGUGGACAUUGCGCGAUCGCUAAUGUUUUCCUUUCCUAAUCGCGUAUUUAUCGAUAAGUCACUUCCUUUGGUCGCACAUAAAGAGCAACGACUAACCGGU